AUGUCAACCAAUGCUCCAACUAUAACGCCUCAGCCCACCUUUUAUGGCAACUACAAAAAAGGUGAAGAACCGACCAACUGGAUGAGGAACUACCAGUUGUCCUUUCCAUCGUCUUAUUCGGAUGCCGAAAAGAUCACACAGUUUGAGUUGCAGUGUGCAGCCGCAAGUCCUGCAGAAGCGUGGUAUGCCACAUUAACGGGAGCAGAUACAGCCACAUGGAGCGCAUUCCUGACGGCCUUUCGAAAAUGUUGGCCACCUCCAAUACAGGUUACACUCACGGUAACACAGAAGAAGGAUCGCAUCCGAGCAAUAGUUCUAAAAGAGGAGGAAAUCGGCGUCAUGAUAGAGGAAGAUAGAGGAAGAGAGUGGGGGCACGUGAAAUGGGCAAAGACCAUAGCAAGAACGGCGCAGGGGUUCAACGACACACAGUGUCAUCUGCUUGACGUCAUCCUGGAAAACACACCAGAGGUAUUACGUGACUUCCUCGCAGACAAUUACUCCUCGUGGGCAGAUUUUGAGGCAGAUGUCGCCAAGAUAUCCACAUCCCAAUUGGACAGAGCGAAACAGCAGAUGGCCACAGAGAAGAAGCUUCGCAGCAAUGUAGAUAAGCUGCAGUCACAGGUCACUGACAACCACAGCAAAACGUCGAACCCGGUACCAAGUCAACAAGUCCAACAAGGCGCAUACACACCACCUGCAUAUUGA